AUGAGUCACGAUAUGCAUCAGCCUUGCACGGAAUGCAGCCUUUGUGACUCCGAGGGCCAUGACGCGAUGGCAGCACUUCACCGACUCGAGGACGCAGCCGCUACGCUUCACUCGGAGUCCCGAAAAUUGCACCGCGCCGUUCUUGUGCAGCAACGUCUUGCGUCCAGGCUUUUGUCAGGCGAUACGGAUGCGGCUGGGGCAGCGGACAGUUUUUGUCCGGCGAGCACCCGCCAUCCGUGGCCCGUCACCUCCCAAUACGAGAUGGAGGCGCAACGAAGCCGGACGUUAUCCGCACAGCACCGCGAUGUGGCGCUCCUGUUGCGUCAGAGGGCCGCGUUGGGGGAGUUGUGGGAGCGGCUGGUUGUUCGUACGUGGUACAAGCGAGUCGUCCUUGUGGAGUUUUACGAGCGCGUCAUGACAAGGCUGAACGAUUUUGAUCGUCGACUCCAGCGAGCGUCAUUGGCGGUGCGGCCGGAGCGGCGGUUGUGUGGUGUAACGCCAGCAGCGCUCUCCUCUCUGGAAGCCGCGGUGCGGAGACAACCGAGGGAGUCCGCAGAUGCCGCAGUUGUCGCCGCGUUGAGGCCACCCGUCAUGUCGACAGCCGCAGCGGCGGAGGGGGACAAAAACGACGACAACGAAGAAGACGAAAGGGAUUCGUGCGUGGCGAAACGAGGAGAGGAGUUGUGGAUGAGGCGACAGAGGCCGUUGCGUACUAUCUUACAUCUCUCCACAGCGGUUAUACGUGAGUACACAGAGCAACAGACGAUGAGCGGCGGCUGUGACAUGGCCAAUAAUAACAGAGAGUACCAUCACUGUGCGGGAGUCGCGGAUGCAUCGGUUCCUUUUACUUUGGAGCAGCUGGCAGCAGUCAUGCAGCAAAUCUUCACAGGCACAAUUGGACGGGAUUGGCCGUUUAUUGGGGAUUCUCCUCACGUCACUACUCAGGUGCAGUCACAGGCCGAAGUGUUGGUUCACACACUCUCUGCCUCUCCGUUGCUGCGAUUUCACAUGGAGCAGUGGUUCAUGCGUUAUUUUUAUCCACAGGAAAGGCUCGGGUUGUAUCGACAUUUUGCUCAGGCGAUCAUGAACUUUAUGCAGGAAAGCUCUCGUGCGACGAGGAAUUUACUUGUCACUCGGCGGCAGCAACAAGAACGAGACGAGGCGCGUUGGCAGAGUAUGCGUGCGAGAGCUGUGGCGGCGCUGCAUCCUCUUUCCCCGGAUGCCGCAGUGGCGUUACUCCCUUCCGUUGCUUCCGUCGCCAGUGAAGGCUCGCAUCUUACAGACGAUGCUGAUCAUUCCGAUUUCCCCGUUGAAACAAGUGAGUGUGUGCUUUGGCUUGUGGUGAACGCACUGCGUCGAGAGCAGAAGGCGGAUUCCGUUGCGUUGGAUCCAACGGGCAACUGA